AUGACUUUCUGCACUGAGUUGCUCCAGAGUCCUUCCAUUGAGACGAUAGUGACAAAAUCAGAGCUCGAGGCGCAGCUCAUGGAAUGGACCCAGGACAAAAAUCCCAUCAUACGUAGGCUCAGUCUGCGAGGCCUUGGCAGUGUUGUGCUCCAGCCAGCAAAGGUGCAAUUGUUACGGGCCCAGCUGCCAGCGAUCAUGGACUCGUUCGGUGACAGGGAUGGAGUGUGUGUCAUGGAGGCCAUGCAUAAAGCUGGAGACAUCAUCUACCUCCUCGAUGGGGAGGGGCUUGGCUCCAUCUCCCAGGACAUUGCAGUCAGCCUUCGCCCCUUCAUUGAUGACGAGAGGGGCAGUGUGCGCUCCGCUGCCAUUUUACUGCUUGGCAAGGUGGUGAGCAGGGUGAAGGACCCGGACAAAGGCAUGGUGCAGCAGGAAAUGAUCAACUGCUUGCUCCCGCUGCUGCUGCAUCUCGAAGACCAGGAGGAGCGUGUGACACUGAGAUGUAAACUGACGCUCUUCCGCUGCGCAGUGUUUCUCAGGUGGGCUCAUUUGAAGAGGCUGUUCCGCAGCAUGGCCUGGGAUGGCUCCUCACAGCUCCUGAAGUGUGUCUGGAAGUGCUUGAUGCAGAACAACGAGAGCCACAUCCCCAAAUUCCUGUUCCAGGCCUUAGAGUACCUGGAAAGCUCACAGACAACAAUAAGACAUUCUGCAGCCCUGUUCAUUGGUAAGCAGAGAAAUUCACUUGAUCUUUUUUGA